UUUCAGUUUAGUUACACCGAUUUUUUUUCUCUUCUUAUUUUCGUUCAUGGCGAAAAUAAUAAUUUCUUAUGUUUUUGUUGCUAAUUUUAUCAAUAUUUUCCAUGGCGAGUACAUUGCGAAUUGGAGUUCUAUAGACUCGAGACCUCUUCCUAAGUGGUAUGAUGAAGCCAAAAUUGGUAUAUUUAUACAUUGGGGUGUAUUCUCGGUACCUGGAAUGCAUAGUGAAUGGUUUUGGUGGAAUUGGUUAGGUGAUAAAUCGCCUAAUGACGUGAAAGAUUACAUGAAAAAUAACUAUCCACCUCAUUUUAAAUAUCCUGAAUUUGCUGUAGAUUUUAAAGCUCAGUUUUUUGAUCCUUACAAAUGGGCAGAUUUGUUCAAUAAGUCUGGAGCAAAAUAUGUUGUUUUAACCAGUAAGCAUCAUGAAGGAUAUACAAUGUGGCCAUCAAAGUUUUCUUGGAAUUGGAAUAGUCUUGAUAUUGGCCCAAAAAAGGAUAUUGUAGCAUUAUUUGCAAAAGCUAUAAAAGAAACGACGGGAUUAAAAUUUGGAUUAUAUUAUUCGUUGUUUGAAUGGUUUCAUCCACUUUACUUGAAAGAUAGGUCUACAAAUUUUAGCACGCAGGAAUAUGUUGAACAAAUUUCCUAUCCGCAAAUUAUGGAAAUAGUUAACCAAUAUCAUCCUGAAGUUUUAUGGCUCGAUGGCGAUAAUGGUCCUCCAGAAUAUUGGAAAAGCUUAGAUAUAUUAGCCUGGUUAUACAAUAAAAGUCCAGUAAAAUCUACCUUGGUUACUAACGAUAGAUGGGGUUAUGGUUGUCCAUGUCAUCACGGAGGCUAUUUUACAUGCGAAGACAGAUAUAUACCAGGUAAAUUGAUGCCACGAAAGUGGGAGAAUUGCAUGACUCUGGAUAGGCAUUCUUGGGGUCAUCGCAGGAAUAUGGAUCUCGAAUCUGUAUUAAGUAUGAAUGAAUUGUUGGAAAUCUUGGCCGAAACCAUCAGUUAUGGCGGGAAUUUAUUAAUCAACGUCGGUCCCACGUCAGAAGGAAUAAUUGUCCCCAUAUUCGAGGAAAGAUUAUUACAAUUGGGCAAAUGGCUAGAUGUAAACGGGGAGGCCAUAUAUGCUACUCAGCCUUGGAAGUCUCAAAAGGAGCCGUUCCAAAAAAUUUGGUAUACCUUAAAGGAUAUGAAUUUUGGCGAGUCUUCCCUUAAUCAUUACUCUAUUUAUGCAAUUUUUAUGGAUUGGCCCAGGCCGGAAGACGGUUACCUAUUGAAAUUGACAAUGAUGGAUGUUCCCUUCAAUAAUGCCGGUACUACUAUGAGGUUGGAGCUGAAAUUGUUAGGUUAUUCCGACGCAGGACCCAAGAAAAACAUUCCAUGGAGACGCAAAACCAAAGAUAAUGAAUCUAUUUUCAUAGCCAAUCUCUCUAACGUCCCCUUGGUCAAAUUACCUUGCAAACACGCCUGGGUCCUCAAGUUCCUAUUGUACCCAUCACCGGAUAACGAUGAGCAAUUGGACGAGAAUGACCCUAUAUUAACGAAUUCGAUAUAAAUAAACACGUUUUUUUAUUCCAUUUUUAUACGAUUUUGUAUAUUUAUAAGCGCGCGCUAUUUAUAUAAAAUAAUUUUUUAUAUAAUAAGGAUAAUGUGUGAUUAUGAAAUUAUGUUAAAAGGAUUUAAUCAUAGGUCAUCUUGGGCAAAAAAUUUGGGCAAAAUAUUCGGUUCUUUUAAAUGUGAUAAAAUCCUUUCAUUGGAAUUUAAAAAAUAAUAUAUUAAAUAAAACCUUGAUUUUAUAAGAAAUCACGAUUAUAAUUUAAUUAGCUUUUACCAAUCGAUUCUUUAUUAAA